AGGUUUAUAAAACAUUUUAAUUAAAAUUAUUAAAUAAAUGUCAGUUCCAAAAUAUCCACUUUUAAAAAAUGUUCAUUCAUAUUUAAAACACCCGUCGAAUGAAGACGUUUAUUUGACAAAAUAUAAUUAUUAUUAUCAUCAUUACAUUUGCGAUGGAUUUAAUGAUGUGGGAUGGGGUUGUGGUUACAGAACACUUCAAAGUAUUUGUUCUAUGAUAAUUAUGACGAAUGAAAUCGAGGUUUCUGUUCCAUCAAUAAAACAAAUUCAGGAAAUUUUAUGCAAGAUUGGUGAUAAAGAAACUUCAUUUAUGAACUCAAGAGAAUGGACCGGUGCGAUAGAAACAUGUUAUGUUAUCGACGAACUCUUCAACAUUCCAUCUUAUCUUCAUCACAUUUCAAAUAGCGAAAGAAUAUCAACAAAAAGAAAUGAAAUUGUGAAUUAUUUUAGGGAUCACGGAGGUGUCAUAGCGAUGGGUGGUGAUCAAGAUGCUGCAUCGAAGCUGAUAGCUGGCGUUUCUGUAUCCAAAGAUGAAGAGCUGUCAUUACUUGUUGUGAAGUUCCAAAAAGUCCCGAAGAUUUGA